AUGCUGCUGAUUGGCCGCAGACCUGCCGUGUUUGUUUCCCACACCAGCCUGUCUGACAUGCUUUGUGCAUCGCCAUGGAAACUGCUGCUCACUCUGCUGUCUGGCCAUCGCCAUGGCAACUGCGGCCGCCCGCCUCCCUCCGCCUGGAUGCAUGUGUCUCCAUGGCAACAGGGUGACCACGACUCUGUGAAGCUGAUCAAGUUAGCUGACGACACCACCCUCAUUGGACUCAUCUCCAACAACAAUGAGUCCGCCUACAGGAGGGAGGUGGACCGGCUGGUGUCCUGGUGCAGUGGUAACAACCUGGAGCUGAACGCCCAGAAGACAGUGGAGAUGAUUGUGGACUUCAGGAAGAGCACUGUCCCCCCGCCCCCACCCUCCGUGAUGGACUCCCCCAUCACCUCUGUGGAGUCCUUCCGUUUCCUGGGCACCACCAUCACCCAGGACCUCAAGUGGGAGCCGACCAUCAGCUCCCUCAUCAAGAAGGCCCAGCAGAGGAUGUACUUCCUGCGGCAGCUCAGGAAAGCCAAGCUGCCUGCACAGAUGUUGGUGCAGUUCUACACGGCCAUCAUCGAGUCCAUCCUCACCUCCUCCAUCAGCUCCUCCAUCAGCUCCUCCAUCACCUCCUCCAGCACCUCCUCCGUCACCUCCUCCAGCACCUCCUCCGUCACCUCCUCUAUCACCUCCUCCAUCACCUCCUCCAUCACCGUGUGGUUCGCUGGAGCCACAGUCAGGGACAAACAGAGACUACAGCGCAUUGUGCGCUCUGCAGAGGAAGUGAUCGGCCGCAGCCUUCCAUCGCUGCAGGACCUGUACGUCGCCCGAGCUCGAGGCCGGGCUGGUCCCCUGAAGCCGAUCCAGUCUGUCUACAAACAGGCGUUAAAAGCCCUGAAGCCGAUCCAGUCUGUCUACAAACAGGCGUUAAAAGCCCUGAAGCCGAUCCAGUCUGUCUACAAACAGGCGUUAAAAGCCCUGAAGCCGAUCCAGUCUGUCUACAAACAGGCGUUAAAAGUCCUGAAGCCUAUCCAGUCUGUCUACAAACAGGCCUUAAAAGCCCUGAAGCCGAUCCAGUCUGUCUACAAACAGGCGUUAAAAGCCCUGAAGCCUAUCCAGUCUGUCUACAAACAGGCGUUAAAAGCCCUGAAGCCGAUCCAGUCUGUCUACAAACAGGCGUUAAAAGUCCUGAAGCCAAUCCAGUCUGUCUACAAACAGGCGUUAAAAGCCCUGAAGCCGAAUCCAGCGUUAAAAGUCCUGAAGCCUAUCCAGUCUGUCUACAAACAGGCGUUAAAAGUCCUGAAGCCGAUCCAGUCUGUCUACAAACAGGCGUUAAAAGCCCUGAAGCCUAUCCAGUCUGUCUACAAACAGGCGUUAAAAGCCCUGAAGCCGAUCCAGUCUGUCUACAAACAGGCGUUAAAAGUCCUGAAGCCGAUCCAGUCUGUCUACAAACAGGCGUUAAAAGUCCUGAAGCCUAUCCAGUCUGUCUACAAACAGGCGUUAAAAGCCCUGAAGCCGAUCCAGUCUGUCUACAAACAGGUGUUAAAAGCCCUGAAGCCUAUCCAGUCUGUCUACAAACAGGCGUUAAAAGUCCUGAAGCCGAUCCAGUCUGUCUACAAACAGGCCUUAAAAGCCCUGAAGCCGAUCCAGUCUGUCUACAAACAGGCGUUAAAAGCCCUGAAGCCGAUCCAGUCUGUCUACAAACAGGCGUUAAAAGCCCUGAAGCCGAUCCAGUCUGUCUACAAACAGGCGUUAAAAGCCCUGAAGCCGAUCCAGUCUGUCUACAAACAGGCGUUAAAAGCCCUGAAGCCGAUCCAGUCUGUCUACAAACAGGCGUUAAAAGUCCUGAAGCCGAUCCAGUCUGUCUACAAACAGGCCUUAAAAGUCCUGAAGCCUAUCCAGUCUGUCUACAAACAGGCGUUAAAAGCCCUGAAGCCGAUCCAGUCUGUCUACAAACAGGCGUUAAAAGCCCUGAAGCCGAUCCAGUCUGUCUACAAACAGGCGUUAAAAGCCCUGAAGCCGAUCCAGUCUGUCUACAAACAGGCGUUAAAAGUCCUGAAGCCGAUCCAGUCUGUCUACAAACAGGCCUUAAAAGUCCUGAAGCCUAUCCAGUCUGUCUACAAACAGGCGUUAAAAGCCCUGAAGCCGAUCCAGUCUGUCUACAAACAGGUGUUAAAAGCCCUGAAGCCUAUCCAGUCUGUCUACAAACAGGCGUUAAAAGCCCUGAAGCCUAUCCAGUCUGUCUACAAACAGGUGUUAAAAGCCUUGAAGCCGAUCCAGUCUGUCUACAAACAGGUGUUAAAAGCCCUGAAGCCGAUCCAGUCUGUCUACAAACAGGCCUUAAAAGCCCUGAAGCCGAUCCAGUCUGUCUACAAACAGGCCUUAAAAGUCCUGAAGCCGAUCCAGUCUGUCUACAAACAGGUGUUAAAAGCCCUGAAGCCUAUCCAGUCUGUCUACAAACAGGUGUUAAAAGCCCUGAAGCCUAUCCAGUCUGUCUACAAACAGGCGUUAAAAGCCCUGAAGCCGAUCCAGUCUGUCUACAAACAGGCCUUAAAAGCCCUGAAGCCUAUCCAGUCUGUCUACAAACAGGCGUUAAAAGCCCUGAAGCCGAUCCAGUCUGUCUACAAACAGGCCUUAAAAGCCCUGAAGCCUAUCCAGUCUGUCUACAAACAGGUGUUAAAAGCCCUGAAGCCUAUCCAGUCUGUCUACAAACAGGCGUUAAAAGCCCUGAAGCCUAUCCAGUCUGUCUACAAACAGGCGUUAAAAGCCCUGAAGCCGAUCCAGUCUGUCUACAAACAGGCGUUAAAAGCCCUGAAGCCUAUCCAGUCUGUCUACAAACAGGCGUUAAAAGCCUUGAAGCCGAUCCAGUCUGUCUACAAACAGGUGUUAAAAGCCCUGAAGCCUAUCCAGUCUGUCUACAAACAGGCGUUAAAAGCCCUGAAGCCUAUCCAGUCUGUCUACAAACAGGCGUUAAAAGCCCUGAAGCCGAUCCAGUCUGUCUACAAACAGGCGUUAAAAGCCCUGAAGCCUAUCCAGUCUGUCUACAAACAGGCGUUAAAAGCCCUGAAGCCGAUCCAGUCUGUCUACAAACAGGCGUUAAAAGCCCUGAAGCCUAUCCAGUCUGUCUACAAACAGGUGUUAAAAGCCCUGAAGCCUAUCCAGUCUGUCUACAAACAGGCCUUAAAAGCCCUGAAGCCGAUCCAGUCUGUCUACAAACAGGUGUUAAAAGUCCUGAAGCCUAUCCAGUCUGUCUACAAACAGGCCUUAAAAGCCCUGAAGCCGAUCCAGUCUGUCUACAAACAGGCGUUAAAAGCCCUGAAGCCUAUCCAGUCUGUCUACAAACAGGCCUUAAAAGUCCUGAAGCCUAUCCAGUCUGUCUACAAACAGGCGUUAAAAGCCCUGAAGCCUAUCCAGUCUGUCUACAAACAGGCGUUAAAAGUCCUGAAGCCGAUCCAGUCUGUCUACAAACAGGCGUUAAAAGUCCUGAAGCCUAUCCAGUCUGUCUACAAACAGGCCUUAAAAGUCCUGAAGCCUAUCCAGUCUGUCUACAAACAGGCGUUAAAAGCCCUGAAGCCUAUCCAGUCUGUCUACAAACAGGCGUUAAAAGUCCUGAAGCCGAUCCAGUCUGUCUACAAACAGGCCUUAAAAGCCCUGAAGCCUAUCCAGUCUGUCUACAAACAGGCCUUAAAAGCCCUGAAGCCGAUCCAGUCUGUCUACAAACAGGCGUUAAAAGUCCUGAAGCCUAUCCAGUCUGUCUACAAACAGGCGUUAAAAGCCCUGAAGCCUAUCCAGUCUGUCUACAAACAGGCCUUAAAAGCCCUGAAGCCUAUCCAGUCUGUCUACAAACAGGCGUUAAAAGCCCUGAAGCCUAUCCAGUCUGUCUACAAACAGGCGUUAAAAGUCCUGAAGCCUAUCCAGUCUGUCUACAAACAGGCCUUAAAAGCCCUGAAGCCUAUCCAGUCUGUCUACAAACAGGCGUUAAAAGCCCUGAAGCCGAUCCAGUCUGUCUACAAACAGGCGUUAAAAGCCCUGAAGCCUAUCCAGUCUGUCUACAAACAGGCGUUAAAAGUCCUGAAGCCUAUCCAGUCUGUCUACAAACAGGCGUUAAAAGUCCUGAAGCCUAUCCAGUCUGUCUACAAACAGGCGUUAAAAGUCCUGAAGCCGAUCCAGUCUGUCUACAAACAGGCGUUAAAAGUCCUGAAGCCUAUCCAGUCUGUCUACAAACAGGCCUUAAAAGCCCUGAAGCCUAUCCAGUCUGUCUACAAACAGGCCUUAAAAGCCCUGAAGCCUAUCCAGUCUGUCUACAAACAGGCGUUAAAAGCCCUGAAGCCUAUCCAGUCUGUCUACAAACAGGCGUUAAAAGCCCUGAAGCCUAUCCAGUCUGUCUACAAACAGGCCUUAAAAGCCCUGAAGCCGAUCCAGUCUGUCUACAAACAGGCGUUAAAAGCCCUGAAGCCUAUCCAGUCUGUCUACAAACAGGCCUUAAAAGCCCUGAAGCCGAUCCAGUCUGUCUACAAACAGGCCUUAAAAGUCCUGAAGCCGAUCCAGUCUGUCUACAAACAGGCCUUAAAAGUCCUGAAGCCUAUCCAGUCUGUCUACAAACAGGCCUUAAAAGCCCUGAAGCCUAUCCAGUCUGUCUACAAACAGGCCUUAAAAGCCUUAAAAGCCCUGAAGCCUAUCCAGUCUGUCUACAAACAGGCCUUAAAAGUCCUGAAGCCUAUCCAGUCUGUCUACAAACAGGCCUUAAAAGCCCUGAAGCCUAUCCAGUCUGUCUACAAACAGGCCUUAAAAGCCCUGAAGCCUAUCCAGUCUGUCUACAAACAGGCCUUAAAAGUCCUGAAGCCUAUCCAGUCUGUCUACAAACAGGCCUUAAAAGUCCUGAAGCCUAUCCAGUCUGUCUACAAACAGGCCUUAAAAGUCCUGAAGCCUAUCCAGUCUGUCUACAAACAGGCCUUAAAAGUCCUGAAGCCUAUCCAGUCUGUCUACAAACAGGCCUUAAAAGCCCUGAAGCCUAUCCAGUCUGUCUACAAACAGGCCUUAAAAGUCCUGAAGCCGAUCCAGUCUGUCUACAAACAGGCCUUAAAAGUCCUGAAGCCGAUCCAGUCUGUCUACAAACAGGCCUUAAAAGUCCUGAAGCCUAUCCAGUCUGUCUACAAACAGGCCUUAAAAGCCCUGAAGCCGAUCCAGUCUGUCUACAAACAGGCGUUAAAAGCCCUGAAGCCGAUCCAGUCUGUCUACAAACAGGCGUUAAAAGUCCUGAAGCCGAUCCAGUCUGUCUACAAACAGGUGUUAAAAGCCCUGAAGCCGAUCCAGUCUGUCUACAAACAGGCGUUAAAAGCCCUGAAGCCUAUCCAGUCUGUCUACAAACAGGUUUUAAAAGCCCUGAAGCCUAUCCAGUCUGUCUACAAACAGGCGUUAAAAGUCCUGAAGCCGAUCCAGUCUGUCUACAAACAGGCCUUAAAAGCCCUGAAGCCGAUCCAGUCUGUCUACAAACAGGUAUUAAAAGCCCUGAAGCCUAUCCAGUCUGUCUACAAACAGGUUUUAAAAGCCCUGAAGCCUAUCCAGUCUGUCUACAAACAGGCGUUAAAAGCCCUGAAGCCUAUCCAGUCUGUCUACAAACAGGCGUUAAAAGUCCUGAAGCCGAUCCAGUCUGUCUACAAACAGGCCUUAAAAGCCCUGAAGCCGAUCCAGUCUGUCUACAAACAGGUAUUAAAAGCCCUGAAGCCUAUCCAGUCUGUCUACAAACAGGUGUUAAAAGCCCUGAAGCCUAUCCAGUCUGUCUACAAACAGGCCUUAAAAGCCCUGAAGCCUAUCCAGUCUGUCUACAAACAGGCGUUAAAAGCCCUGAAGCCUAUCCAGUCUGUCUACAAACAGGUGUUAAAAGCCCUGAAGCCGAUCCAGUCUGUCUACAAACAGGUGUUAAAAGCCCUGAAGCCGAUCCAGUCUGUCUACAAACAGGCGUUAAAAGUCCUGAAGCCGAUCCAGUCUGUCUACAAACAGGCGUUAAAAGCCCUGAAGCCUAUCCAGUCUGUCUACAAACAGGCGUUAAAAGCCCUGAAGCCUAUCCAGUCUGUCUACAAACAGGCGUUAAAAGUCCUGAAGCCGAUCCAGUCUGUCUACAAACAGGCGUUAAAAGCCCUGAAGCCUAUCCAGUCUGUCUACAAACAGGCGUUAAAAGCCCUGAAGCCGAUCCAGUCUGUCUACAAACAGGCGUUAAAAGCCCUGAAGCCUAUCCAGUCUGUCUACAAACAGGCGUUAAAAGCCCUGAAGCCUAUCCAGUCUGUCUACAAACAGGCGUUAAAAGUCCUGAAGCCGAUCCAGUCUGUCUACAAACAGGCGUUAAAAGCCCUGAAGCCUAUCCAGUCUGUCUACAAACAGGCGUUAAAAGUCCUGAAGCCGAUCCAGUCUGUCUACAAACAGGCGUUAAAAGCCCUGAAGCCGAUCCAGUCUGUCUACAAACAGGCGUUAAAAGUCCUGAAGCCUAUCCAGUCUGUCUACAAACAGGCGUUAAAAGCCCUGAAGCCGAUCCAGUCUGUCUACAAACAGGCGUUAAAAGUCCUGAAGCCUAUCCAGUCUGUCUACAAACAGGCCUUAAAAGCCCUGAAGCCGAUCCAGUCUGUCUACAAACAGGCGUUAAAAGCCCUGAAGCCUAUCCAGUCUGUCUACAAACAGGCGUUAAAAGCCCUGAAGCCGAUCCAGUCUGUCUACAAACAGGCGUUAAAAGUCCUGAAGCCAAUCCAGUCUGUCUACAAACAGGCGUUAAAAGCCCUGAAGCCGAUCCAGUCUGUCUACAAACAGGCGUUAAAAGCCCUGAAGCCGAUCCAGUCUGUCUACAAACAGGCGUUAAAAGCCCUGAAGCCGAUCCAGUCUGUCUACAAACAGGCGUUAAAAGUCCUGAAGCCGAUCCAGUCUGUCUACAAACAGGUGUUAAAAGCCCUGAAGCCGAUCCAGUCUGUCUACAAACAGGCGUUAAAAGCCCUGAAGCCUAUCCAGUCUGUCUACAAACAGGUUUUAAAAGCCCUGAAGCCUAUCCAGUCUGUCUACAAACAGGCGUUAAAAGCCCUGAAGCCGAUCCAGUCUGUCUACAAACAGGCCUUAAAAGCCCUGAAGCCGAUCCAGUCUGUCUACAAACAGGUAUUAAAAGCCCUGAAGCCUAUCCAGUCUGUCUACAAACAGGUUUUAAAAGCCCUGAAGCCUAUCCAGUCUGUCUACAAACAGGCGUUAAAAGCCCUGAAGCCUAUCCAGUCUGUCUACAAACAGGCGUUAAAAGUCCUGAAGCCGAUCCAGUCUGUCUACAAACAGGCCUUAAAAGCCCUGAAGCCGAUCCAGUCUGUCUACAAACAGGCGUUAAAAGCCCUGAAGCCUAUCCAGUCUGUCUACAAACAGGUGUUAAAAGCCCUGAAGCCGAUCCAGUCUGUCUACAAACAGGCCUUAAAAGCCCUGAAGCCUAUCCAGUCUGUCUACAAACAGGCCUUAAAAGCCCUGAAGCCUAUCCAGUCUGUCUACAAACAGGCGUUAAAAGUCCUGAAGCCGAUCCAGUCUGUCUACAAACAGGCGUUAAAAGCCCUGAAGCCUAUCCAGUCUGUCUACAAACAGGCGUUAAAAGCCCUGAAGCCUAUCCAGUCUGUCUACAAACAGGCGUUAAAAGUCCUGAAGCCGAUCCAGUCUGUCUACAAACAGGCGUUAAAAGCCCUGAAGCCUAUCCAGUCUGUCUACAAACAGGCGUUAAAAGCCCUGAAGCCGAUCCAGUCUGUCUACAAACAGGCGUUAAAAGCCCUGAAGCCUAUCCAGUCUGUCUACAAACAGGCGUUAAAAGCCCUGAAGCCUAUCCAGUCUGUCUACAAACAGGCGUUAAAAGUCCUGAAGCCGAUCCAGUCUGUCUACAAACAGGCGUUAAAAGCCCUGAAGCCUAUCCAGUCUGUCUACAAACAGGCGUUAAAAGUCCUGAAGCCGAUCCAGUCUGUCUACAAACAGGCGUUAAAAGCCCUGAAGCCGAUCCAGUCUGUCUACAAACAGGCGUUAAAAGUCCUGAAGCCUAUCCAGUCUGUCUACAAACAGGCGUUAAAAGCCCUGAAGCCGAUCCAGUCUGUCUACAAACAGGCGUUAAAAGUCCUGAAGCCUAUCCAGUCUGUCUACAAACAGGCCUUAAAAGCCCUGAAGCCGAUCCAGUCUGUCUACAAACAGGCGUUAAAAGCCCUGAAGCCUAUCCAGUCUGUCUACAAACAGGCGUUAAAAGCCCUGAAGCCGAUCCAGUCUGUCUACAAACAGGCGUUAAAAGUCCUGAAGCCAAUCCAGUCUGUCUACAAACAGGCGUUAAAAGCCCUGAAGCCGAUCCAGUCUGUCUACAAACAGGCGUUAAAAGCCCUGAAGCCGAUCCAGUCUGUCUACAAACAGGCGUUAAAAGUCCUGAAGCCUAUCCAGUCUGUCUACAAACAGGCGUUAAAAGUCCUGAAGCCGAUCCAGUCUGUCUACAAACAGGCGUUAAAAGCCCUGAAGCCUAUCCAGUCUGUCUACAAACAGGCGUUAAAAGCCCUGAAGCCGAUCCAGUCUGUCUACAAACAGGCGUUAAAAGUCCUGAAGCCGAUCCAGUCUGUCUACAAACAGGCGUUAAAAGUCCUGAAGCCUAUCCAGUCUGUCUACAAACAGGCGUUAAAAGCCCUGAAGCCGAUCCAGUCUGUCUACAAACAGGUGUUAAAAGCCCUGAAGCCUAUCCAGUCUGUCUACAAACAGGCGUUAAAAGUCCUGAAGCCGAUCCAGUCUGUCUACAAACAGGCCUUAAAAGCCCUGAAGCCGAUCCAGUCUGUCUACAAACAGGCGUUAAAAGCCCUGAAGCCGAUCCAGUCUGUCUACAAACAGGCGUUAAAAGCCCUGAAGCCGAUCCAGUCUGUCUACAAACAGGCGUUAAAAGCCCUGAAGCCGAUCCAGUCUGUCUACAAACAGGCGUUAAAAGCCCUGAAGCCGAUCCAGUCUGUCUACAAACAGGCGUUAAAAGUCCUGAAGCCGAUCCAGUCUGUCUACAAACAGGCCUUAAAAGUCCUGAAGCCUAUCCAGUCUGUCUACAAACAGGCGUUAAAAGCCCUGAAGCCGAUCCAGUCUGUCUACAAACAGGCGUUAAAAGCCCUGAAGCCGAUCCAGUCUGUCUACAAACAGGCGUUAAAAGCCCUGAAGCCGAUCCAGUCUGUCUACAAACAGGCGUUAAAAGUCCUGAAGCCGAUCCACCCGAAGCCGAUCCAGUCUGUCUACAAACAGGUGUUAAAAGCCCUGAAGCCUAUCCAGUCUGUCUACAAACAGGCGUUAAAAGCCCUGAAGCCUAUCCAGUCUGUCUACAAACAGGUGUUAAAAGCCCUGAAGCCUAUCCAGUCUGUCUACAAACAGGCGUUAAAAGCCCUGAAGCCUAUCCAGUCUGUCUACAAACAGGUGUUAAAAGCCUUGAAGCCGAUCCAGUCUGUCUACAAACAGGCCUUAAAAGUCCUGAAGCCGAUCCAGUCUGUCUACAAACAGGUGUUAAAAGCCCUGAAGCCUAUCCAGUCUGUCUACAAACAGGUGUUAAAAGCCCUGAAGCCUAUCCAGUCUGUCUACAAACAGGCGUUAAAAGCCCUGAAGCCGAUCCAGUCUGUCUACAAACAGGCCUUAAAAGCCCUGAAGCCUAUCCAGUCUGUCUACAAACAGGCGUUAAAAGCCCUGAAGCCGAUCCAGUCUGUCUACAAACAGGCCUUAAAAGCCCUGAAGCCUAUCCAGUCUGUCUACAAACAGGUGUUAAAAGCCCUGAAGCCUAUCCAGUCUGUCUACAAACAGGCGUUAAAAGCCCUGAAGCCUAUCCAGUCUGUCUACAAACAGGCGUUAAAAGUCCUGAAGCCGAUCCAGUCUGUCUACAAACAGGCGUUAAAAGCCCUGAAGCCGAUCCAGUCUGUCUACAAACAGGCGUUAAAAGCCCUGAAGCCUAUCCAGUCUGUCUACAAACAGGCGUUAAAAGCCUUGAAGCCGAUCCAGUCUGUCUACAAACAGGUGUUAAAAGCCCUGAAGCCUAUCCAGUCUGUCUACAAACAGGCGUUAAAAGCCCUGAAGCCUAUCCAGUCUGUCUACAAACAGGCGUUAAAAGCCCUGAAGCCGAUCCAGUCUGUCUACAAACAGGCGUUAAAAGCCCUGAAGCCGAUCCAGUCUGUCUACAAACAGGCGUUAAAAGCCCUGAAGCCUAUCCAGUCUGUCUACAAACAGGUGUUAAAAGCCCUGAAGCCGAUCCAGUCUGUCUACAAACAGGCGUUAAAAGCCCUGAAGCCUAUCCAGUCUGUCUACAAACAGGCGUUAAAAGCCCUGAAGCCGAUCCAGUCUGUCUACAAACAGGCGUUAAAAGCCCUGAAGCCUAUCCAGUCUGUCUACAAACAGGCGUUAAAAGCCCUGAAGCCGAUCCAGUCUGUCUACAAACAGGCGUUAAAAGCCCUGAAGCCUAUCCAGUCUGUCUACAAACAGGUGUUAAAAGCCCUGAAGCCGAUCCAGUCUGUCUACAAACAGGCGUUAAAAGCCCUGAAGCCUAUCCAGUCUGUCUACAAACAGGCGUUAAAAGCCCUGAAGCCGAUCCAGUCUGUCUACAAACAGGCGUUAAAAGCCCUGAAGCCAAUCCAGUCUGUCUACAAACAGGCGUUAAAAGUCCUGAAGCCUAUCCAGUCUGUCUACAAACAGGUGUUAAAAGCCCUGAAGCCUAUCCAGUCUGUCUACAAACAGGCCUUAAAAGCCCUGAAGCCGAUCCAGUCUGUCUACAAACAGGCGUUAAAAGUCCUGAAGCCGAUCCAGUCUGUCUACAAACAGGCCUUAAAAGCCCUGAAGCCGAUCCAGUCUGUCUACAAACAGGCCUUAAAAGUCCUGAAGCCUAUCCAGUCUGUCUACAAACAGGUGUUAAAAGCCCUGAAGCCUAUCCAGUCUGUCUACAAACAGGCGUUAAAAGUCCUGAAGCCUAUCCAGUCUGUCUACAAACAGGCCUUAAAAGUCCUGAAGCCGAUCCAGUCUGUCUACAAACAGGCCUUAAAAGUCCUGAAGCCGAUCCAGUCUGUCUACAAACAGGCGUUAAAAGCCCUGAAGCCGAUCCAGUCUGUCUACAAACAGGCCUUAAAAGUCCUGAAGCCGAUCCAGUCUGUCUACAAACAGGCGUUAAAAGCCCUGAAGCCGAUCCAGUCUGUCUACAAACAGGCGUUAAAAGCCCUGGAUAGGAAACCUUUCCACCACUGCAGCCUCUUCAAAUAUAAGAUGCUCAGCUGGGAAAACUUGGUUAAUACCACUGUGACCUCUGUCCCUCUGACCUCUGUCCCUCUGACCUCUGUCCCUCUGACCCCUGUCCCUCUGACCUCUGUCUAUCUGACCCCUGUCCCUCUGACCUCUGUCCCUCUGACCUCUGUCCCUCUGACCUCUGUCCCUCUGACCCCUGUCCCUCUGACCUCUGUCUAUCUGACCCCUGUCCCUCUGACCUCUGUCCCUCUGACCUCUGUCUAUCUGACCCCUGUCUAUCUGACCUCUGUCCCUCUGACCCCUGUCCAUCUGACCCCUGUCUAUCUGACCCCUGUCCCUCUGACCUCUGUCCCUCUGACCCCUGUCUAUCUGACCUCUGUCCCUCUGACCCCUGUCCAUCUGACCCCUGUCUAUCUGACCCCUGUCUAUCUGACCCCUGUCCCUCUGACCUCUGUCCCUCUGACCUCUGUCCCUCUGACCUCUGUCCCUCUGACCCCUGUCCCUCUGACCCCUGUCCCUCUGACCUCUGUCCCUCUGACCUCUGUCUAUCUGACCCCUGUCUAUCUGACCUCUGUCCCUCUGACCCCUGUCCAUCUGACCCCUGUCUAUCUGACCCCUGUCCCUCUGACCUCUGUCCCUCUGACCCCUGUCUAUCUGACCCCUGUCCCUCUGACCCCUGUCCCUCUGACCCCUGUCCCUCUGACCCCUGUCUAUCUGACCCCUGUCUAUCUGACCCCUGUCCCUCUGACCCCUGUCCCUCUGACCUCUGUCCCUCUGACCCCUGUCCCUCUGACCUCUGUCCCUCUGACCUCUGUCCCUCUGACCCCUGUCCCUCUGACCUCUGUCCCUCUGACCCCUGUCCAUCUGACCCCUGUCUAUCUGACCCCUGUCCCUCUGACCUCUGUCCCUCUGACCUCUGUCCCUCUGACCUCUGUCCCUCUGACCUCUGUCCCUCUGACCUCUGUCCCUCUGACCCCUGUCUAUCUGACCCCUGUCCCUCUGACCCCUGUCCCUCUGACCUCUGUCCCUCUGACCUCUGUCCCUCUGACCCCUGUCCCUCUGACCUCUGUCCCUCUGACCCCUGUCUAUCUGACCCCUGUCCCUCUGACCCCUGUCCCUCUGACCUCUGUCCCUCUGACCCCUGUCUAUCUGACCCCUGUCCCUCUGACCCCUGUCCCUCUGACCUCUGUCCCUCUGACCCCUGUCUAUCUGACCCCUGUCUAUCUGACCUCUGUCCCUCUGACCUCUGUCCCUCUGACCUCUGUCCCUCUGACCCCUGUCUAUCUGACCUCUGUCCCUCUGACCUCUGUCCCUCUGACCUCUGUUCCUCUGACCUCUGUCCCUCUGACCUCUGUCCCUCUGACCUCUGUCUAUCUGACCCCUGUCCCUCUGACCUCUGUCCCUCUGACCUCUGUCCCUCUGACCUCUGUCCCUCUGACCUCUGUCCCUCUGACCUCUGUCCCUCUGAUCCCUGUCUAUCUGACCCCUGUCCCUCUGACCCCUGUCCCUCUGACCUCUGUCCCUCUGACCUCUGUCCCUCUGACCUCUGUCCCUCUGACCUCUGUCCCUCUGACACCUGUCCCUCUGACCUCUGUCCCUCUGACCCCUGUCUAUCUGACCCCUGUCCCUCUGACCCCUGUCCCUCUGACCUCUGUCCCUCUGACCCCUGUCUAUCUGACCCCUGUCCCUCUGACCCCUGUCCCUCUGACCUCUGUCCCUCUGACCCCUGUCUAUCUGACCCCUGUCUAUCUGACCUCUGUCCCUCUGACCUCUGUCCCUCUGACCUCUGUCCCUCUGACCUCUGUCCCUCUGACCUCUGUCCCUCUGACCUCUGUCUAUCUGACCCCUGUCCCUCUGACCUCUGUCCCUCUGACCCCGGUCCCUCUGACUCCUGUCCCUCUGACCCCUGUUCCUCUGACCCCUGUCUAUCUGACCUCUGACCCCUGUCCCUCUGACCCCUACCCCAGUGGGCUGGAGGAGCAGGAGCGGGAGAGGAGGCGUCUGCUCCUGGAUAAGUUCCAGAAAGCUCCGUUUGAAGAGAUCGCUGCUCACUGCGAGUCCAAGGCCAACAUGCUCCAUGACAAACUGGCUCAGAUCUUUGAGCUCACCAUACGCCCGCCCCCCAGCCCCUCCGGAGUGAAUCCCUCCACAGGCCUCCCCCAGCACCAGUCUGUCCCUGUGUACGAGAUGAAGUUCCCCGACCUGUGUGUAUACUGA